GGGGGGGGGAUGGAGGGGAGAGGUUUAUCGCGGCUUAACCCGGGCUGGCGGCCACGGCAGCGGCGCGUCCGUGGGGGUUGUGGUGUCCCGCGUGUGACCAGGGAGGCGUUGGCGACCCUCCGGGAACCCGUGGAGAGCGGGGGGCGCGGGGGCUGCGCGGUGCGUGGCGCGUUGGGGGGGGGGCGGGUGGCGGUGCGCCGGUCAAGCGAAUGUUAAGGAGUUCGCGAGCGCCGCGAGGGGGGUGAGGGCGGAAUGGGGGGGUCCCCAUGGUGCUCGGUGGAGCGGAGGAGAGGGGGGACGCGGAGAGGCCGUCCGGGAGGGCCGCGCUCAUUGUCCGCCAGCCCACUCGCGGCCGCCGCCGCCAUUCAAGAUGGCGGCAGUUCUUUCCCCCCCCUCCCCUCAGCGCCAACCGCCGCCCUUCCUCCCGCCCACCGCGCUGCCCCUCGGCCAACCAGCGAGCGGCGGGCGGCGGCGCCGACCAAUGGGCGCCGAGGGCGCCGCCCGCUCUCAGUGAAGGCGCCGGGCGGAAAAGCCGCGCGGGGAGGCGGGGCCGCACGGGGGGAGGUAGGGGUGAUUGACGCGCCGGUCCGCCAAUGAGAGCGCGGUGUUGGAAGUGCCACCGCCCAAUGAGGCUACGGUUGGGCGGGGAGGGGCGGGUUCAUGACGUCAGCGGUGCCGGCGGCCAAUGGGGAGGCCGGUCGCGUCUAUAUAAGGGCGGGCGGGGGCAGGCCGAGCGGCGCCAUUUCGCGGUGGACGAGGGGACGGAGCUGGUCGGGCCGCGGCAGAGAGAGCGAGCGAGAGAGAGCGCGCAGAGGGGCGGCCCCUUCAAAAAAAAAAAAAGCAACCAACCUCUCUCGGCUCCAUCCCCCCGGAGGAGCUCCGAGGGGGGGAAACCCUCCCCGGCCUCCGCAGCGACCCCUGCCUGCGGCCACCGGCGGCGAGCGGCCGCCUCCUCGUCCUCCUCCUCCUUCCCCCCCCCUCCACCUCCCUCAGCGAGCCAAGAUGGAGCGCGGCCGCUGAUCCCGUCGAUCCGCCGUCAUCCGCCGGCCUCCCCGCGGCUCAGCGCCUCGUCUGCGGUCCUUGCGGGUGCUCCGGGCUCCGAGCGACUCGCCGAGGGUUGUAUCGAGCGCGUCGCGAAGGGUUUGUGCCUCCCGGUGAAGCUCCGAAGAGGGGACCCCCCUCUCCCCUCCAGUACCCCCCCGUUGCAUCCCCUCAGCGCUCGCCGCCAUUUUCGCCGCGCCCGUGGAUGUUGAGGCCGUGGGAGGGUCCCGGCAUCGUCUCCUGAGGGAAAAUUAAUUAGAUAGAGGAAAGGGGGGGGCUCCUGGCUCGCCUCCCGACCCCCUCCCCGUCCUCAUCCCGCCGGGGAUGCGCUGACGGGGGGGGGCCCCCACCGGGCCGCGAGCGGCGGAGCUUUGGCCGGGCAAAGUGGGGGGGUCGUCGGAGGAGACGGCGGGAGGAGGAGGAGGAGGAGGAGGAAGAGGAGACGAGGGCCCGCGGGCCGCGCACGGAGCCGUCGGGAUGUUGCAGAAUGUGAAUCCCCAGAGCAAGCUCCUGGGGGAGGGCAAUGCCGGGCUCAUGGCGCUGGCGACGCCGACGGAGUCGACUCCCGGGAAGCGGAUCCGCAAACCUUCGCUGCUCUACGAGGGCUUCGAGAGCCCCACCAUGGCCUCGGCUCCGGCCCUUCCCAACCCUCAGGCCAAUCCGCCGCCUCCCGAGGUUUCCAAUCCCAAAAAGCCCGGCCGGAUCACCAACCAGCUCCAGUACCUGCACAAGGUGGUGAUGAAGGCGCUGUGGAAGCACCAGUUCGCGUGGCCCUUCCGCCAGCCCGUGGACGCCGUCAAGCUGGGCCUGCCGGAUUACCACAAGAUCAUCAAGCAGCCCAUGGAUAUGGGAACCAUCAAGAGGCGCCUGGAGAACAACUAUUACUGGGGGGCAGCCGAGUGCAUGCAGGACUUCAACACCAUGUUCACCAACUGCUACAUCUACAACAAGCCCACGGAUGACAUCGUGCUGAUGGCGCAGACCCUGGAGAAGAUCUUCCUGCAGAAGGUGGCCCAGAUGCCUCCGGAGGAGCAGGAGAUCGUGGUGCCCGUGGCCAAGAACAGCCAUAAAAAGGGGGCGUCCAGGGCGGCAGCGCUCCUGGCGGGACUGACGGCGGCUCAGCAGGUCCCGGCCGUGUCCUCGGUGUCCCAGCCCACAGUGUACCCCCCCACGACCCCCGAGAUCCCCACAACCAUCGUCAACAUCCCCCACCCCUCCGUCAUCUCCGCCCCCAUCCUGAAAUCCCUGCAUCCCAACGCUCCGGCCGUCCUGGCCCCGCCUACGCCCACGCAGCCCGUGGCCAAGAAAAAGGGGGUGAAGCGGAAAGCCGACACCACCACGCCCACCACCACGGCCAUCAUCGCCACCAGCACCGGCGGCGAGUCCUCCCCGUCCCCCUCGGCCUCCGGAGCCCCCCCGGACCCCCCGAAACCCGCCAAGAUCCCCGCCCGGCGCGAGAGCGGCCGCCCCAUCAAACCCCCCCGCAAGGACCUCCCGGAUUCCCAGCAGCACCAAACUUCCAAGAAGGGGAAGCUCUCGGAGCAGCUCAAGUACUGCAACGGGAUCCUGAAGGAGCUGCUGUCCAAGAAGCACGCGGCCUACGCGUGGCCCUUCUACAAGCCCGUGGACGCCUCGGCCCUGGGGCUCCACGACUACCACGAGAUCAUCAAGCACCCCAUGGAUCUCAGCACCAUCAAGAGGAAGAUGGAGAACCGGGACUACCACGACGCGCAGGAAUUCGCGGCUGACGUGCGGUUGAUGUUCUCCAACUGCUACAAGUACAACCCGCCCGACCACGACGUGGUGGCCAUGGCCAGGAAGCUCCAGGUCAUUCCCAACCCCCUUAAAAUCUGGAAUAUCCCACCCUCAUACCCACAAAUCCCUUUAAAAUCCAGGAUAUCCAACCCCUGAAUCCUGGAAUUCUGACACAGGAUGGGUUUGAGAUGUUG